AUGCGUGUGCUUGUGACGGGCGCUUCGGGCCUGCUGGGCCGCGCGCUGAUGACCGCGUGUGAGGAUGCCGGGUACGACACGCAUGGCACUGCGUUUUCGAGAGCGAACGCAAAGGUGGCCUGUGUGGAUCUGCGCGAGUCGGCGGAGGUGGACGUGCUUGUCCAAGCGUGCAAGCCAGACGUGGUGCUGCAUACCGCAGCGGAGCGGCGUCCAGACGUUGUCGAGCGCGAUGCAGACGCCGUGCACCGCCUGAAUGUAGCGCUGCCUGCAGCCAUGGCCAAAGCGUGUGCGGCGCUACACCCACCCGCCUACCUGGUCAACCUUUCCACAGAGUACGUGUUUGACGGGCGCAGUCCGCCGUACAACGUCGAUAGCCCGCCCAACCCUCUCAAUGCAUACGGCAAGAGCAAACGCGACGCUGAGAUCGCCGUGCUCGAGCAUGGCAAGCGCGGCUUUGCGACCAACGUUCGCGUGCCUGUGCUGUACGGCGACACGGAAUACGACGGCGAGUCCGCCGUGAAUGUGCUGCUCGGUGCGAUCCAGCCACGCGACGAUGCGUCGUCGAAGAUUAGCAUGGACGCACACGCACGUCGGUUUCCAACGCAUGUCGAGGACCUUGCGCGCAUGCUUGUGCAGCUUUGCGAGAUUGCGCAGCGCCGCCUUCGCGCCGCGCCGCCGCAGCCCAUGCCGCCAACACUGCACCUCGCUGCGAAAAAAGGCAUGUCCAAGUACGAAAUGUGCUGCAUCAUGUCGCGCGCGUGGAACGAUGCGUGCGGCGCACAGGUGACCACCGCAACCUGCUUGGAUCCGGUGUACCAAGUGGAUGCACACGCAUCGACACAGCGCCCCGAAAAUUGCGAGAUGGACACGGGCGAUGCGGAGGCGCUGGGCAUAGACAUGACGACCGUCUCGUUUGAGGAGUGGUGGCGUUCGUACUUGGCGCGGCGCGGACCUCCGCGCGCUGCGCAUCGCGACGCAGGCUUGCCCAGUACCGACGCCGCAGGCCAGGCCGCGCCAACGCCUGUUGCCGCGAAUGACGACGAAGUGCGGUACGGACAGCGCUCGCCCACAAAAGCGCGAGCGCGAGCGCCAGCGCCCGCGUACCAGUUUAACAUCCACGUCGGCAACCCACAGCGCGUCAGCGACCGUGUAUCUUCCCACGUCGAGUACACCGUGCGCGUCACGUCCAAUGCCCCUUGGUUUCCCCGCGACACGCUUUCCACCCUACGGCGCUACAGUGACUUUCGCUGGAUGCAUGCAGCGCUCGUGCAGAACCAUGCCGGGGUGAUUGUCCCUGCGAUCCCCGAAAAGGUCAAGAUUGGGAACAUGGCGCCUGCACUUGUCGAGCUGCGUCGUCGGUCGCUGGAGCAUGCACUGACCAAGAUUCUCGAGCACCCCGCCUUGCGCACGGACGAAGACCUGAUGCUCUUUCUCCAGAGCCAAUCCCUUGCCGCGGACAUCAAGGCGCGCGACGCGAAAAAAGGCGCCGUCGUCACGCCGGAGCAAAAGACGUACAUGGGCUGGAGCCACUCGCUGCAGGCGUUGCGAUUCCGCGAAACGGACGAGUGGUUCAAACAGCAGGAGCUUUUUUUGGGCCAGCUGGAGAAACACAUGCAACACAUUGUCCAUAGCGUGAUGCAUCUUGCGCAAAAGCGGCAAGCGCUUGCGUCCAAGCAGGACCACUUGUACAAGGUCCUCGUCGCGCUUUCUUCCAGCACACUUUCCCGCCACGUUUCCACAUCGUUUGGCGCGCUCUCCGAGAUGAAAAAACGCGCAGCGGAGGCGUCCGAGGUGCUUGCUGACCACGAGGCAAACGUGCUUGGACUUGUUUUGUACGAGUACGAACGGCUCGUUGGCAAUGUGCGCAAAGCAUUUGCGACGCGCGUCGAGCUUUGGCAAGCGUGGCAGCGCGCCGAGGAAGACUUGACCAAGCAGCGGCACCGACAGCGCACUAAUCCCGCAGCGCAUAUGGACUUGCAAAUCAACGCGCUCUCCCAUGCGGAGCUGCAAGCGGCCACGCUGCACACACGCUUCGACGACGUGACCGAGCUGUGCAAGAAAGAGUUUCAGCGCUUCGAGCAGGAAAAAGCGCUGGACGUGCGCGCAGCGCUGGAGAAUUACAUGCAGGCCUACCAGCGCAUCCAGCAAGAGAUUUUGGAGGAGUGGGCGCACUGCGAGGCGAUUGUGCAGCGCCAUGCGCCGCCACCCACAGAGGCAUCCACGAUACCUUUGAUUAUGAUGGACCAGACGUUUGCGUGA